AUGCGAUUUCGGCCAAUAAAUCUAGUCGCUCAUCACACGCACUACGAUGUUAGGCUAACUUACAAAUGGGUCACAAACCUGAAGUACUUCGAAAAUGGAAUGACUGUCUUUCAAGGUCGUUGUGCGAAAGAGAGGCAACUUCGGUUUCCACUUAUAAUCAUGAGUCUUUCGGAAGAUGAAUCUACUUCAGAUGAAGAAUAUAUCCCUCCAGUUAAAGCUUCUAAAUUGGAAGAAGACUCAGAAAGCGAAUAUAGCGAUGAGUCAGAAUCAGGAGAUUCAGACUGUAUUAGUGGUAAAAUCAUUCCCUCCCUAGAUCUGGCCUUAGAUAGUUUAACCAGUCAGUCAAGUAAAAAACGUCCUGCUAAAAGGUAUGAGUACAACUUAAUGAUGAUUUAACCAUUAGCUGAUUAUUUAGGAACUCGAAAAAAUCCAAGGUUUGCUUAUUAGUGUCAGUAAUGGCCAAGUUUUAGAUUACCGACUGUUCACCGCUUUCCACUACCGAGGAUGUGAAAGCCUACGAAGAUAAAGUGUGGAACGAGUUUCUAAAUUCCGAUAGUACCGAGAAAUCUGUAAGCACAGUUUUCCACGAAUAACACAUUAAAGAAUAGCACUGAAAAAGUAAAUGUUGUAAAAAAGUAUCAGUUUGCUGGGGAGGAAGUUGAGUAAGUUCAUGAGAAUAUCUCAUAUAUAGUAUUUCACUUUUUCAAUGUUUUCCCGUAUGUACGUUUAUUGGCGGGUGACUUUAAUAAUGUGCAUUCCACCAUGUUCACAGAGUCGUGUCUAAAUUUUGAAGUUACCUUUAAAGCGUAGCGUAUUAUAGGCCUGUGAAGCAGUGGCCUAUUAAGUAUUAGAAGCUAAGUUUUUUAGUUCCUUUCCCCAUUACUCAUUAAAAUGAACUUUACGACGAAUGCUAUAUAGCAUAUGCUGUUUAUUAGUAAGUUGUCUAAACAUUUUCCAAAAACAUGGACAUACGAAGUCACUUGCUUGUGUGAUGUUAAGUCUUUCGGAGGCACAAAUCCUAGAUUACAUUUUUACUGGUCGACAAUUUGCUUCCAUCGUACUUUCAGUUAUAUGUGGUCAGUAGUGCCAAAAGUUAACAAAGCUUAUCAUGUCUCGAUCUGGUCUGAUUAUUAUUAUUUCUUGUAUUCAUGGUGUUUUAAGCCAAGUCUGUGAAAAUCAGCAACAUCCAGAUAGGUAGUGCAUUGUGCUAGACUUCAAUCAUUUCUAAGUAGCGUUUCUUGAUUAGGUAUACAUCACUGAGGCUAGACACUCGUUUAAAUCACCAGCCUGUUCAUACAGUGACUAAGAUUGUCAAACGAUAGCUGUUGGAUACUACUAGUACUAUGAGAAAGUAGAUACAUUACACUGUAGUUUUAUUAGUUGUUCAUAAUAGCUUAUGCUACUGACUACCAAUUUACUGAGUUUGUAAUGAAAAUAUUGUUGAAAUUUGAUUCCACGUUGAUAGUAGAUACAGACUACUUGGUUGGGGUCCGCAUGACUAUCGUAACCAAUGGUUGGAGACUAUGUGACAUGGCUCGGAAUCGAUCACAAUGGCGUAGGUGUAUACACUCUUUGUCUUUGAACUAUGAAAUUAAAAUCGCGUCAUAUUUUUCUUCCUACGAACUAAUUCUUCUUGUACUAUGUCUUUAUAUGCAAUCUUUCUUUUAUAUACUACCACCACCACUGAUUUAACUGGUUCUAUGAACUCGGUGUUCAUCUUGUUGUGCUAAUGAGGCGUGGCAACUUGAACCGACGCACAUGUGUCUGGUCCUACGUUGUAGCUGACUGAUCGUACGCAUUGUAGACUUUGUUUUAUUAUUGAUCAAUACAUAUGCAAUAGUCUCCAUGAGUGACGAAUGACGUUUUUCUGGUGCGGGUGUUCAAUUUUCAGGUUCAAAAUAUUAGUAGAAUCUCACCUUCCCAUCGGUGAUCUUUAGGAAACUGUUAUCUCGUUCUGUCGUUGCACUUACCCCUACAUAAGCUGGAAGUACUGCUUGCGCGUUUGAACCAAGUAAUCAAUGCUAGUGUUACGUGUAGCGUAAUGUGCAUAUAUGACAAAUCCGUUGACUAAAUGUUAAGACUGAGUCUACUGAAGCGGGAUCCACCCUGUAAAUUCCACCUGAUUUUGAUUUUCAGUAGUAUCUCGUUUUUACUCCUUGAGUACAUCCCUUUUUGACCGUGUUGUUUAAUUCCUUCCCCACCACUACCGAUGUACCUUCGUGUCAAACCCUACGCCCAUUACAGUCGACUGAUUUUAUGGUGCAUAUUACGAGUAUAGACUGUUACUUAUCGUUGCGACACAAACAGGCUUUUAACACAAGCCAUCUAUUCUUAAUUGUCUUGUUGAUUACAACAUUUUGGGAUCUCCAUCGUGUUAUAAUAGUUAUUGGAGAAUACACCAAGCUGUGAUUACCUCCGGACUUUACCCUUGUUACAUGAUGAUCCUGAGUUUAAACAUCGGGAGUUUCGUAUAUUCAAAGCAUUUGCUUCGUUUCCGAAUCACUAAAAACCAGUGUUACCAUGUAAACUAUCAAUCACCUACUUAACUAUAUUUGUAUGUAAACCGUAUGACUGUUAUCUAUAAAAACAACUUUCUUAUUUUCAGAGUCAUUCAGGCUGUUUCAAACUCGAAUCGAACUAAAGGUUUAGGUGUCUCACAUAAUAAGACUUCAACUGAGACAAUUCCCCUGAAACCAAAGUAAGUUCUAUCCAAAACUGUUAUUCGGUUGAGAAUACAGUCAACAGUUGUACAGAUUAAUAGUAAUAACUUUGUAACAAGUGUAUAGUUAUUUCAAACAGCAUCAUAAAGUGCUCCGUCGUUUCUUUUGGUGAACGUCGUAUCAUAACCUAUACCAAUAGCACUGCAUAUAACUCCAAACUGAUUUCAACUUAAUAGAUGAGCAAAACUAUGUUUACAAUGAAACACUGCGUAUCCACUUCUGUUUAUUUCAUAUACACGUACCUUACGUCCUGCACUACUUGAAUUUUCAUACGCCUAAAUAGCAUCUGCAUUUUUGUGUUGCAACCAGUGGAUUAUGAUAUACAUAUAUGAGCAUAAUAAUUAAUGGAGAGAAAUAUGAUUCAACUCAAGGGAAAUUAUCAGAGCUAUUUUGUCGUGAAACGUUGAAAGCCGUCAGUCAGCAGUUGUAGUAAAAAAGGCAUUAUCUUCUGCCUUUUAUGCUACACAGAAAAUACAAAGCAGGUAAUUAACACCAAGGCUAAGCUACUCCUAUAGGGUGACAGUGAUUUCCUCCCACCAGUUAUUUCUUCUUUAGAACUAAGAGUGAGCAAUAAAGUCCGUUCAGGCUUCCAGCAGUUAGUUUUUCCUGAUAAACUCAGUACGUCCUCGUGCACUUUAAUUAGGCUAGUGACUAAGUUUCUCACUAGUAUGUGUGACAGCUGCAAAAUUAGUAGUAUUCGUUCUAAUUUUGCUGGUAUAUUAGCCAUAACAGUAACUGUUGUAAGCCGUAUCUUUUCUGCUAACAUUUUCACACCACAAAAAGCAUUCAGACAAAACAAAUUAUAUUUCCCUUAUGUUGAACCAAAUUAAUCUGCUUAUUAUAUGCAUCAAUUUACAAAUCAUUUUAAUAUAGAGCACCGUCUUUGGGACUCGGUCUAACUAACGCUCUGCAGAACUUGAAAUCCACGAUAAACAGCCUACCUAAGUUAUCUACCUUAGAAAAGUCGCGUCUUGACUGGAAGCAAUAUGUACAGAAAGAAUCUUUGGAAGAUGACCUUAAAGCCCACAACAAAGGGAAAGAAGG